GUGUAGCCAGCCAACCACUACACCCAAUAACCACAAACCCAACUGUUUUACGACCCGGAACGACCUCCCCUAAACGCGACCCUGAUCUAGAAUGACAAGACAAGACGCUUUAUAACACAACCCGGAACUUAGACCUACUAGAAUGACUCUCUAAUGUGACCCGGCAAUUGGAAUCCACCAGAACGAUGCACUAUAACACGACCCGAAGUUAAGAGGACAUGAAACGACUCUCUACAACACAACCCUGAAAUAAGACUCAAUAGGUGACGCUCUAUAAUGCAACCCAGAGCUAUGAUGACCCAAAAUGACUAUCCACAAUAUAACCUUGAUUUAGGACACUAGAAUAAUCCUUAUUAACACAACCUUGAUUUAAAUCCCCUAGAACGCCUAACCAUAACACAAUCCUGAUCUAUACCAUCAUCAACACAACCUUGACUUAAGACUCCGUAGAAUGACCUCCCUGUAACACAACCUUGAUUUAAGACCCCAUUAUACUAUACAACGUUAAUCUAAGACCCCGAUAAAGACCUCCAGAACACAACCUUGAUCUAAGACCCCCGAGAAAGACUUCCAUACCACAACCUUGAUUUAAACCCUCCAAGAACGCCUGACCACAACACAACCCUGAAGAAAUGACCGGACAGAAGGUGUAUGACACAUGUGAAGAGGCAAACCUGCAGGUGUAGAAGCCAACCACACCUACUUAGAAAACCCAUAUACUGUAUGUGCUUACCUGGUGAUAGUGACGUCAUCUGUAGACACCUGUUGGUUGUGACGUCAUCUGUGUACACUUGUUGAUUGUGACGUCAUCUACACACUUUUGAUAGUGACGCCAUCUGUAGCCACCUGACAGUGAUGUCAUCCGUGUAAACAUCUGAUAGUGACGUCAUCUAUGUACACCUGCUGCUUGUGACGUCAUCCUCCCAUACCUGUUGAAAUAGAGCUCAUGAGACGACUCAACAAACGCUGGGCAGACUAGGAAUUAAACCCCAUUUAAAAGUCGACAUUAAUAAACUUAAAAUCAACUUAAUUAAAAGAAACUUGAAUACAGAGUUGAGUGUCAGAGAUAAAGUUUAUGUUUACAUUAAAGAACUUAGUAGAGAGAGGUUAGAGGUGAAGGAAUAUUAAGUUUAGAUUUUUGUCAAUGUUUUCUGGUUUCUAAGUUAGAGUGUUGGUUUCUGAAGUAACUUACUGGAAUAAUAAGUUAUGUUUUUUUCUAGUUUCUAAGUAAGUUAUUGUCUUGAUCUCUAAACUAAUUUAUUAGAAUGUUAUUUUUGUUCAAUGUUUUGUGGUUUUAAGUUCGGAUAUUGUGUUGGAUUUCACUUGGCAAGGUUUUCACUUGAUAAGGAAGGCAAAGGGCAAGACACUGUAACAGAAAGCUGAUAAAACAAACUGCAUAGUAAGAAGAAGAAUAUUGAUCUUCACGUAGGGAAAAACUUCUAUCAGAAAGUCGGUCAGGUGAGAGAGAGAGAGAGAGAGAGAGAGAUGAGAAAGUCUUCAUCAAGGAGUAUUAGACACAGGUAGUCAGGCAAGGACAGGUGAGCCGCUACACCAAGUAAUUAGUCGCCAGGUGAGGGAGGGGGAGAGAUAGAGCAGAGAGAGUGACAGUGAAGGAGAUAUAUAGAUAAAGUGAGAGAAAGAGUGAAAAUGAGAGCGAGUGAGGAAGGUAGAGGGGAAAUAGCAGUGGCAAUAUCAAACUAGUACUGAAAUAAUAGUAUUCCAUAUAAGAAUAGCAGCUAGCAAAAAGGGAACAAUUAGCUAGCCAGGAAUCAUGCUUGUAUCGACCUACUAAUCCAAAUAGCUUAAAAGCUUGCUAGGUGAAUUAAAAGACAGUGAAAGAUAGUUGUCCUAGCUAAGAAAAACAAGUGGUGUAUGCUAGGUCCGGCUUGGCAUUAUCCCAGCAAUUCGUAGGUGCAUUAAGGAAUGAUUUGCUUGCAAGAAAAUGAAUGCUUUAAGUCACAAACGUUCAAAUAGGAACCUAGAGACGUGUAAGUUAUUAAGAAACAGUUUUGCUUGCAGGAAAUACAACACCUUCAACUCACAAGGGGCUACAUUAAGAAAGGAUUUGCUUGCAAGAACUACGCCAGCUUUAAGCCACAAGGGUGUAAGAUACUAGGUCAAACUCUCUACAGUGUAUUAAAAACGUUUGCUUGCUAAAAACAUUUGCGUCAAGUCACAGGGAUCUUUAAAGUGUAUUAAAAACGUUUGCUUGCUAAAAACAUUUGCGUCAAGUCACAGGGAUCUUUAAAGUGUAAUAAAAACGUUUGCUCGCUAACUAACGAGUGCUUCAAUUCACAGGGACCCUCUAGUGCAUGAUAAACGUUUGCUUCAAGCCACAGGGCCAUCUAAAAUGCAUUAAAAACGUUUGCUUGCUAAAAAAUAAACUGGUUCAUGGUAAAAGGAGCUGUUACGUGAAUCAAGAAACAGUAUCAGCAACACGAAGACUCAGCUACAAGCGUCCUUACAUCACCCGAGACCCUAAGACCCUGCUGAAGGUAUCUAAAAGACCGGGUGUUUAAGCAACACUCCUGGGGAACUGGCUAAGAGGCAUCCUGAUCUAGCCUGAGGACCUGAGUGUGAUGUAGCAGCAGAAGGAAGAUAGACUAGUGUUCCUGAGUGUUCCUAUCAAUAAGCCAGGGGCGUCUCAGUGCCACUUAAGGACCUCGACGUGAUCUACAUCAAAUAAAAUAUGCGAAGGUGUUUCUUAGGGAUCUGAGAGACGCACCACCUCCUCCCAGCUCCACCAUCAACAAAGCAGGAACGUCUCAGUGCCACUUAAGGAACUUGAUGUGAUCUACCUCAAGGAAAAUAUACGGUGUUUCUGAGGGAUCUGAGAGACGCGCCACCUCCUCCCAGCACCCACAUCAAUAACCCAUAAAAGUUUCAGUGCUAGUUAAGAACCUAAACAUUCCUCCCAGCUCAAGGAAGAAAGGCAAAAGUGUUCCUGAGGGAUUUGAGAGAGACAGCCCCUCCUUCCAGCACCACCAUCAACAAACCUGGGGCGUCUCAACACCAGCUAAGAGCCUCGGACGGUAGGAUGUUGAGUCUGGAUGCCACAGUGCACAUCCUAUGGCUGGGGACGCCCGUGGCAGCAUGUGUGAGCGGCGCCUGUGUGCUGACGGCUAUAGGAGGAAGCUCUUGGCUCACCUCAGAGGAAAGGAUCCCUAACCCCUCCUACAGGAACGGCUCCUCCAAGGUCGAGUAUCUCACUAAGUGUACAGUCAGCGGUCUCUUUACACUCUGUGCUACUGAAGUAGGCAAGACGGAGUUCAGGUGUUCUAAGAUUGACUACUUUCCCUCGGAGACUUACAGCCCUGACCCACACGAUUCAACUACUGCCAUACCCUACACGGUGCUCAAGUCAGUGGGUUACUUCCUGACGGCGGCGGUGCUGUUGGGCGUGGCUGAGGUACUGUGUCUCAAUGGUCACUGCUGCAGAAGACGACGAUUCUUCACCUUCGUCUCAGGCAUCAUCUUCGUCGUGGCAGGCUUGGUGAUGAUGCUAGGCGUGGUGAUCUACAUAGCCACACUCAAGGGGGAAGUCGGUGAUAAGUUAAGACCCAGAUCAUCAUUCCAGCCUCCGAGAUUCACCUACUCUUACGGCUGGUGUUUCCUUCUAUUGAUGCUCGGCUUUGUGACGACUGAGACCGCUGGUAUAACUGCUAUAUUCCUCUAUAUCUACUGGCAUAAGCGUGAGUGGCAACAGAAAUGUCAACAAAGCUUGAUGGUAGGAGCCCCACCACGCCCACUCAUACACGGCCCCCACACUCUCACCUGCCGCGCCCCACGCCCCCCAUCCUCCCCCAGGUCAGGUGGUCACUACAUGUUGGAGUACUCGCUGGACCCCCAACACCGCGAUAGCCUCCACCACAACCACGUCCCCAACCACUACACCCCAACGACGCACCACCUCAACCAACUCCCUCCCAACCCUCAUCGGUAUGAUAACCACGUCAACCGUCAGGAGGGCCGUCAGCACCGUCAGCAACGUCAGGACCGUCAACAACAUCGUCAGGACUCAGGGAGGAGCCAGAAAGUAGCUCUACACAACGCCAGUGAUUCACUCGACCGUCGGAGUGCGUCCUGUCUCCCCGUCAGACGAUCUUCACGACGACGGUCAAGUUGGAGUUCUGACGAUGCUCCUCCCGCCCCUCUCGUUCCUCCUGCACCCCCUCCAGCCACGUCCUUCUCUGAACGGCCUCGUGGAGGACGUUCCCUCACCGACCUCCACAAGGACGUCUGCUGGGACAGGGUGUUGACCUCUGGGGGCGGCGGGUCAUUACCUCGCUCUCAGAAGCUCAGCAGGAGUUUACCGCGGGGAGCCAGUCUGUGUGUGUCCUGGAGCAGUGACGUGCAGGACCGGCCUAUGUCCGCCCCCAGUGCGGGAGGGACGGUGCCCAAGGCUGCCUUUAGGGAUGGAGGGGUGCCGUCCAGGGGCGAGUCCAUGGUCGGAGGGACGUUAAGUCGGAGCGUCUCAUUGGAGAGGGGAGCCCUAACUAGGAGGAGCUCUGUGGAGGGAGGCACCUUACCCAGGGGCUUCACCAUAGAGGGAGGCACCUUACCCAGGGGCAUCUCCAUAGAGGGAGGCACCUUACCCAGGGGCAUCUCCAUAGAGGGAGGCACCUUACCCAGGGGCACCUCCAUAGAUGGAGGCACCUUACCCAGGGGCAUCUCCAUAGAGGGAGGGCUGCUAGCCAGAAGUGCCCCCGUACAAGACCCCCGAAGAUACAACUCCCUCCCCAGGGGCGCGACAUUCAACCGAACAAGAGGCGAGCUCCCUCACCCACAGAGACUCCUGUCUACUGCCGGGGAAACUCCCUGUCCCGCCUGCUGCACCUGCUGUGACUCCUGCUACUACUGUUGUUGUUGCUGCUAUGCUGAGGAAGGUGCAGGCGGUGAUCCCAGGGCUCCCGCACCCUGUAACCUGACCAGACCUGCGGCAGGAGGCCGAUACAACACCUCCUUCCCCUGGCCGUCCAUGACCUGCCCACACGGCGGCACCUCCCCAACACAUCCCCGCCUACCAUGUUCCUCCCCAUGUUCUUCCCCUCCACACCACCUCCCAACCACCCACUCCUCCCACAGCCCUCACCCACACCACUACCCACAGCCCUAUCAGCAAUGUUACCAACAGCACCAAAGGCAGUAUUACCAACACCCCCGAGCAGGGGAGGGGGAACUUCAACACAUGGAAGGUGGAGGUCAUGGUGGUGGCGUGGGGGAGGGGGGUCACUCUCCCCUACCACACCACCGACGUACUACACCUGUUUGAGAAUAAUGACCUACCACAACCAGUUAAACCCAUCACAAACACUACCACCACCACAACCCUCGGAGUCACACACCUGGUUCAAGUACCACUAAAAUGACUGAUAUAGCUAUCAUCACCACUGCCGCCACAGGUACACACACACACACACACACACACACACACACACACACACACACACACACACACACUACCUGCACAAGUACACACACAACACACAACAACAGUAUUUAAACAAAGCCCCAGACUACCCCAGCUAGACCAUAGUUGUAUACCCAGCUCACGUCUGCUAGCCUGGAGACAACUAUGUUUUUACACUAAUACUAAAAGGUGGACUCGCAGCUACAUGACUUACACACAGAUUAAACUUUUACUACCAGGGUUUAGUCUCAAAAGAUCGUAAGUGAAAUUUUUAUGUCGCUGGAGAUACGAGAAUAUAUCUGACUCCUUUUAAUUGUUACAAAGAUGGAUUCUCAAAGGUUCCUAAGUUCAAUUUUCCUCCUAACUGGUGAUGUGAGAACGU